UUACUUUCUUGAUUGUUUACGUGAUAUAUAUGAUAUCAGUUAAUUGAUUUGGUCAUGUUAGCAUGUUUUCUAGGAGUCUUUUUGUUUGAUCAACUAAAGAGAAACUUCUAGUACUUUUUGUUUUAUACUAUAUUGGUUUGAAGAUGAGGUUAAAUGUAAGACGACAUGGUCAAUGAGGAAUUCAUAUAGUUGACCUUAACUUGGUCGGGAUUAUGGUACUUUAGUAAUAGCUAUAUAUUGAGAAAAAAGGACCAAAUUUUGCACUUGUGUUAUUCGGAAUUGCUCAGUUUUGCUUUCCAUUCCACUUUUGGAUGAUAUCAAAUUUCGCGAUUUCAUUUUCUAUUGUAUCGGUGCUAACUGGUUUAAACGGAUUGAUGGGGACGGGGUUGAAUUUUGGUGGCCCUGUAUCAUACAUUUAUGGAUGGCCAAUUGCUGGUACUUUCACUUUGUUAAUUGGAUUGUCAAUGGCUGAAAUUUGUUCUUCUUAUCCGACUUCUGGAGGUCUGUAUUAUUGGAGCGCGAAGCUUGCUGGUCCGAGCUGGGGACCUUUCGCAUCUUGGAUCACUGGAUGGUUCAACAUUGUUGGUCAGUGGGCUCUCACAACAAGUAUAGAUUUUUCGCUUGCACAGUUAGUUCAAGUGAUGAUUCUCCUUAGCACUGGUGGAAACAAUGGCGGCGGAUAUAUGAUCUCUAAAUACGUAGUAAUGGCCCUCCACGGCGUAUUUCUUCUAACACACGCUAUAUUAAACAGUCUUCCUAUCUCAAUGUUGUCGUUCCUUGGACAAGUAGGCGCUGCAGCCAACUUUUUUGGUUGCUUUCUCAUGAUCGUAAUUCCAGCGGUUGCAACUGAAAGAGCCAGUGCGGAGUUUGUGUUUACCAACUUCAAUACAAAGAAUCAGGACGGAAUCAACAAUAGCUUCUACAUCUUCGUCCUCGGACUUCUUAUGAGCCAGUAUACGUUGACAGGUUAUGAUGCUUCUGCCUAUAUGUCAGAGGAAACGAAAGACGCAGAUAAGAACGGGCCAACAGGAAUUGUAAGUGCCAUUGGCAUUGCAGUUAUUGCAGGAUGGGCUUAUGUUCUUGGUAUAACAUUUGCGGUUAGGGAUAUUCCGAAUCUCUUGAGUGAAAAUAAUGAUUCAGGUGGUCACGCCGUUGCUCAAAUCUUUUAUGAAGCAUUCAUGAGUAGAUAUGGUAGUAGCGUUGGCGCUGUGAUUUGCUUAGGUAUAAUUGGUCUUGCUGUGUUCUUUGCUGGUAUGAGCUCACUAACAAGCAACUCGAGGAUUGCUUAUGCAUUCUCCAGAGAUGGAGCAAUGCCAUUUUCUUCACAGCUGCAGAAAGUGAACAAACAGGAUGUUCCGAUAAAUGCAGUCUGGAUGUCUGGCUUUGUAGCAUUUUGUAUGGCAUUAACGUCUCUUGGAAGCUUGGUAGCAUUUCAAGCAAUGACAUCGAUAGCAACGAUAGGGCUUUAUGUUGCUUAUGCCAUACCGAUCUUGCUAAGGUUGACACUAGGUCGAAAAUCAUUCACCAGAGGGCGUUUUAACUUGGGAAGAUACGGGACUAUUAUAGGUUGGAUAUCAGUACUAUGGGUCGCGCUCAUUUCUGUGCUUUUCUCUUUGCCUGUUUCCUACCCUAUUACAGAUCAAACUCUCAAUUACACUCCCGUUGCAGUUGGAGGCGUUCUUAUUUUAGUUGUUUCUACGUGGAACUUCAGUGGUAGGCAUUGGUUUAAAGGUCCUAUUAAGAAUAUUGACGAUAGCUCAAAGGAAGACGCGUAGAAACUAGAAAAUGUUGAAGUGUAUAUUGUAUGGUUUCGUAUGUACAUUCUCCCUCGUUUUUUUCUCUUCAUUGUGAUAGCGUUUGCUACAUAUGUUUGCAUUUCUAAACAAAAUGGGGAUGAGUUGGAGUGUUUAACUAUCA